UCUUCUUCUUUUGAAAGGAGAGAAAAACACGCCCGCAUUCGACUUCUUUGCCCUCCCCACCAAACUUCUCUUUGACCGUCCGCGAACGGAUCAGCAGCCCACAUGUCUGUUUCUUGAGAGAGGAGAAAACUGCAGCGACAACUUUGCAAGGCGCCUCUGAUCCGCGUUUCUCUCUCUCUCUCUCUUUCAAGUUUCUGAGAACCAGGUCAAUCCCGUUUGCAAACUUUUGGGUGGUCCUGCUCGUUUUUAAAUGCUGUUUUAGGAGACCCUGCUCCUGCUGAUUUCCAAUCCCUCCCCACCCUCCUCUUCCCUCGCCCCUCUCUCUCCUCCAUUUUCAUCGCCCCCCCCCAUCUUUGCUUUGCCGCUUUCUCGCAUGAAUCUCCUCGACCCCUUCAUGAAGAUGACAGAAGAGCAGGAGAAAUGUCUGUCCGGCGCCCCCAGCCCCACCAUGUCGGACGACUCCGCCGGCUCGCCUUGCCCUUCGGGCUCCGGAUCGGACACCGAGAACACCCGACCGCAGGAAAACACCUUCCCCAAGAACGACCCGGACUUGAAGAAGGAGAGCGACGAGGACAAGUUCCCGGUGUGCAUCCGCGAGGCCGUGAGCCAGGUGCUGAAGGGCUACGACUGGACGCUGGUGCCCAUGCCGGUGCGGGUGAACGGCUCCAGCAAGAACAAGCCCCACGUCAAGCGGCCCAUGAACGCCUUCAUGGUCUGGGCGCAGGCGGCCCGCAGGAAGCUGGCCGACCAGUACCCCCACCUGCACAACGCCGAGCUCAGCAAGACCCUGGGCAAACUCUGGAGGUUACUGAAUGAGAGUGAGAAACGUCCAUUUGUGGAGGAGGCUGAGAGGCUUAGGGUGCAGCACAAAAAAGACCAUCCCGACUAUAAGUACCAGCCCCGGAGAAGAAAAUCAGUCAAGAAUGGGCAGGCUGAGCAGGAGGAAGGGUCUGAGCAAACCCACAUCUCUCCGAACGCCAUCUUCAAGGCCUUGCAGGCAGAUUCACCCCAGUCUUCGUCUAGCAUGAGUGAAGUGCACUCCCCUGGGGAGCAUUCCGGCCAAUCUCAAGGGCCACCCACCCCUCCUACAACCCCUAAAACAGAUGUCCAACCUGGAAAGCAGGACCUGAAGCGAGAAGGACGCCCCCUGCCAGAAGGAGGGAGGCAGCCGCCCCACAUUGACUUCCGAGACGUGGACAUUGGGGAGCUCAGCAGUGAUGUCAUCUCCAACAUUGAGACCUUUGAUGUCAAUGAGUUUGACCAGUAUCUCCCACCCAAUGGCCACCCAGGUGUUCCAGUCACCCAUGGCCAACCUGGCCAAGUCACUUAUACUGGCAGCUAUGGAAUCAGCAGCACAACAGCCACGCCAGCAGGUACUGGUCACGUCUGGAUGUCUAAGCAACAGCCACCAUCUCAGCAGCCACCGUCCCAAGCUCAGCAGCAAGCAUCACAGCAACAGCAGCAUACACUAACCACCCUGAGUAGUGAACAGGGGCAACCUCAGCAGAGGACACACAUCAAAACUGAGCAGCUCAGUCCCAGCCAUUACACUGAGCAGCAGCAGCAUUCUCCUCAGCAGAUCAGCUACACUUCCUUCAACCUCCAGCACUACAGUUCCUCCUACCCAACUAUCACUCGUUCCCAGUAUGACUACACAGACCACCAGAACUCCAACUCCUACUACAGCCAUGCAGCCAGCCAGAGUUCCAGUCUCUAUUCAACAUUCACCUACAUGAACCCCACCCAGAGGCCAAUGUACACACCGAUUGCAGAUACUACAGGGGUGCCUUCCAUUCCUCAGACCCACAGCCCACAACACUGGGAACAGCCUGUCUACACACAACUCACAAGGCCAUAAGGCUCUGAAAGAUGGCCAAACGUCCUCAGACUUACAAAAGACAUUUAAGCUAAAAGUGAAUGAAUUGGGGGGGGGGGGAAAUCCCAGAAUGCCUUGUGCACUGCAGCAUCUUUUUGAAAGUAGCCAGACCAUUUUUUUUCCUCAGUAAGCAAACAAUGGACUUAAAACUUUAAUUUGAAGAUGAUUUUGUUUUUC